CAAAACCAUCGUACGGUUUAGUGUUGUGUCAACGACAACAUGGGGAGUUUCUCAAGCAGCGCAUUGAUUUCGGCAACCCUGUUGAAUCUUCUGGUGUCGAUGGACGCAGCAAUCGAUCCUAAUUGCGAUAUCAAUCCGGAAAUGAUAGUCGGGAAGGAGUACUACAUCCACAACAAAGAAUACCCUCAAAACUAUAGGCGGGGAUCAUCGUGUAGAUGGGUGGCUAAAAGUGCGAUUGGUACCAGAAUUAGCUUGUCCUGUACCAAUGUUUCAUUGCCGAAGUCCCCAAAUUGCCAAGGUGACAAACUGGCUGUAUCGUCAACCGGUCAUCAGACUCUUGAGGACGCACAUAAUUACUGUGGGAACGGAUCGUUUUCCGCUAUUUCCCGGGCAAACACCCUUACUAUCGGACUGUUUUCGACGCUUACCUCUCCUGGUGGACAGUUCCGUUGUAUCAUGACCGCUGUCAAGGACAGUCCAAAAGAACUGGGGGUACGGGCGACACAAAACUUUCCCGACUGCGACUGUGGUUGGCAGCAGACGGCUACAAUCCUGGGGGGACAACAAACGGGAGUCAAUGAGUACCCUUCGAUGGCUGGACUGGUAUACGUGGGCAAUCGCAGCUUAUUUUGCGGGGCUAGCAUAAUCUCUGACUUUUUCGUUUUAACCGCCGGCCAUUGCGUUUACGGUAUCGACUCCAGCACGUUUUCGGUAUUGGUAGGAGAGCAUAACAUCUCUUCAGGAAACAGCCCUUAUUCGGCAAUUUAUCUGGUCAACACCUACGAAAUCUUCCCCAACUACACUCAAACCUAUACGGUGACCGAUGACAUCGCGAUCGUUCAAACUAAGAGCCAAAUAGUGUUUAGUUUGUAUGUCGGUCCCGUAUGCCUACCAUUCCGGUACACGAACUACGAUUUCGUUGGUGAUGUUGUUACGGCACUAGGAUGGGGUAGUGUGGACAAAUCUGUGAUCGCUUCGGACGUGCUACGGAAGGCAAGUCUCUCUGUAAUUUCGAACCAGCAGUGCGCGCAUCAACAGAGGGAGAAAAUCAACAACGAUCAGAUUUGUACAUUUUCUCAAGGACGGCACGAAUGCGCUGGUGAUUCUGGAGGCCCGCUGCUGUGGCUGGACAUGAGCACUCAAAGGUUGCAUCUCAUCGGGAUCAUAUCCCACGGGCUCCCUUGCGACACCGAUAGUCCCGCAAUUAACACCAGGGUUACUCCGUAUUUGGGGUGGAUCGUUGCCAGAACUGGUACGUUCGUUGCUGCUAACUCGUCAGCAAAAUCGAGGCUUAGCAGAAAAAAUAGGUCAAUCUUCAUUGAUACCAAAUGAACCAAACAAUUGUUGGCAAAA